CCGGGUCAUGUGACAGAAAGUUGUCCCGACCCGACUUCCUGCUUUGCUUCAUUCCCAGUUGACGUCUGGCUGUUGGAACAUCAGUAAACUAUGAAUAACACACCGACAGGUGUCUGAGGAGCCAACGCCCACCCACAGCAGGAUGCCAGACGAUACUAGGAAGCACCGGGACUUCGUGCGUGAGCCGAUAGAGGACAAGCCGGUGACGGCCCUGCCGGGGAUCGGGGAAGUGCUGGGCGAGAAACUGGUGAAGAAGGGCUUCACCAAGGCCUCCGCGCUUCUGGGUCACUUCGUGCAGAUGGGGAGGGACCCGGAGAAGUUCAAGGCCUGGCUGAAGGAAACCUCCGGCGCCAACGACUACCAGGCCGACCUCUGCACUCGGGCCCUGGUGGAGUGGUGCGAAACCUUCCUCUGAGCCCGCCCUGCUGUGCCUCUGGGACCCAGGAUCUGGUGGUGGUUCCAGGAUCUGGUUCUGGGGAGUUUGCAGAACCUCCUGCAAGACGCCUGUGAAGUCACAGCAACUAUGAGAUGUUUGGAGGUUUUUUCUGAAAUAAAACGUCUCUCUUAUUGAA